GACAUAAAAUAAAUAAAUGAACCAGCCAACCAACCAAAAACAGAGCUGAGAAGAGAAGAUAAGAUGGCCUCUCUUCUCUCUCCCGCCACCACCGCGGCCGUAGCAUUUCACUCUUGCGGCUUCUCCACCACGCACUCUCCCUUUUCAUCCCAAAACAGCCUUUUCCUUCUCAGCCGCCGGAGUGGCAUGAUGAGAUGCAGUUUCUCUCCUCAGGACAUUGUUCCUCUUGAUUCUCUAUCCCAUCUCCCUGCUGUCCUUGAGUUUCAGAAUUCCUUUUCGGAUUCCCAGAAAUGGGGAUUCUUUGCUUCCGCCGGACUCGUCUGGUUUUACCUCACCGCCAGGCCCGGCGUUCUCAUCGGCGCCAUUGACGCCUACCUUCUCGCUCCCCUCCAGCUUGCCCUCGACACUCUUUUUGGGACUAGGAGGUUGAAGAGGUCAGAUUUCUUGGUCACUGAGAAACUCGGCGAAGGCUCUUUCGGCGUGGUCUAUGCCGGCGUCCUGCUCCCCAAGAACUCUACUGUUAAUGAUGACGUCAGGGUUAGCAAAGCUCGAGCUAAAGCUAUGGACUUUACCGGAGAAUUCAAGCAGAGAGUCAUUCUCAAGAAGGUGAAGCUAGGAGUACGAGGUGCGGAGGAAUUCGGCGACUACGAAGAGUGGUUCAACUACAGACUCUCAAGGGCGGCUCCUGAGACCUGCGCUGAGUUUCUCGGAAGCUUUGUCGCAGACAAGACCAACACCAUGUUUACCAAAGGCGGCAAAUGGCUUGUCUGGAGGUUCGAGGGGGACCGUGACCUCGCUGAUUACAUGAAAGAUCGGAGCUUCCCU